AUGGAACAGGUCAAUCAAUUAAAGGAGAAAGGUAACGCCGCUUUGUCCUCCGGCCAGUACGCCGAGGCCGUAAAACUAUAUACUAGUGCUAUAGAAUUAGAUCCAAAAAACCACGUUUUGUAUAGUAACCGAUCAGCAGCGCAUGCAAAAGCAGGUAACUAUGCGGAGGCGUUAGAGGAUGCAAAUAAAACAGUAGCUAUUAAUCCUAGUUGGAGCAAAGGAUAUUCUAGAAAGGGUAGUGCUUUAGCAUACCUAGGCCGACAUGAAGAAGCCAUCGAGGCUUACGAAAAAGGUUUACAGCUAGAUCCUUCUAAUCAACAAUUAGCGUCAGGCUUAGCGGAGGUAAAGAAGCAAGCUGAGGAGGCAGAACUAGUAUCACAGACAUGGAUCGAGAAACUAAGAGCGAAUCCACAAACGAGGGAGUGGUUGAAUGAUCCGGAAUAUGUACAACUAGUGAAGAACUUCAAUCCCAGUGAUCCAAAUUCACUGAACUGGCCGACACAAAGUGAAAGAGUUUUACCGACUAUAGCCGUUCUAUUAGGACUGAAUCCCGAGAAAGGUUCACCAAUGGAUGUCGAUCCUCCAGCAUCAGAGUCGAAACCGAAACCGGCACCCAAAAAAGAAGAGCCUCCCAAACCAAAAUAUGACGACCUCCCCGAGAACCGUCGGCUAGCCUUACAAGAAAAAGAUCUAGGAAAUGAAUGUUACAAGAAAAAAGACUUUGAUAACGCUAUAAAGCAUUACAACAAAGCUAUCGAACAUUAUUCAACAGAUAUCACAUUUUAUACAAAUCUAGCCGCUGUGUUCUUUGAACAAAAGGAAUAUGAAAAGUGUAUUAAAGAGUGUGAAAAGGCUAUCGAGAUUGGAAGGGAGAACAGAGCCGAUUUCAAACUGAUUGCCAAAGCAUUCACAAGAAUCGGUAAUGCAUACAAAAAGAUGGAACAAUGGAAAUUAGCUAAAACCUAUUUUGAAAAAUCAAUGUCGGAGCAUCGUACGCCAGAGAUAAAGACGCUCCUCAGUGAAGUGGAGAAGAAGAUUGUUGAAGAAGAGAAGAAGGCUUACAUAGACCCCGUGAAGGCUGAACAGGAGAAGGAACUUGGAAACGAGUUCUUCAAACAAGGAGACUACAGCACAGCGAUGAAACAUUACUCGGAGGCCAUCAAACGUAACCCCGAUGACCCCAAGCUGUACUCAAACAGAGCCGCCUGCUACACCAAGCUGGCAGCCUUCGACCUGGGCCUCAAGGACUGUGAGCAGUGCUGCAAGCUUGACCCCAAGUUCAUCAAGGGAUGGAUUAGGAAAGGAAAGAUAUUGCAAGGUAUGCAGCAAGCGUCCAAAGCCCUAACAGCCUACCAGAAGGCUCUAGAACUUGACCCUAGCAAUGCAGAGGCCCUGGAAGGUUACCGAGCCUGCUCCACACAGUUACACUCCAACCCAGAAGAGGUCCGCAAGCGGGCCAUGGCGGACCCCGAGGUGCAGCAGAUCCUGCGCGACCCCGCCAUGCGCUGCAUCCUGGAACAGAUGCAGCACGACCCGCAGGCGCUGCAGGACCACCUCAAGAACCCGGACGUGGCCGCCAAGAUACAGAAGCUGCUGGAGUCGGGCCUCAUCGCCAUACACUAG